AUGAUUGAUUUUCUAUCCCGACGCGAUAUUUUACCUGUGAUUUUUUUUUUUUUUAUGAGCGAACAAUACGAGAAAAAGGAAAGCGCUAUCGAACUAUCUAUCUAUCUAUCUAUCUAUCUAUCUAUCUAUCUCAGUCUAUUUCCUCUCGGGUCUAUUUCCUCUCAGGACUAUUUCCUCUCAGGACUAUUUCCUCUCAGGACUAUUUCCUCUCAGGACUAUUUUCUUCUCAGGACUAUUUUCUUCUCAGGUCUAUUUCCUCUCAGGUCUAUUUCCGCUCAGGACUAUUUUCUUCUCACGUCUAUUUCCUCUCAGGACAAUUUUCUUUUCAGAACUAUUUUCUUAGGACUAUUUCCUCUCAUAGACUAUUUUCUUCUCAGGACUAUUUUCUUCUCAGGAAUAUUUUCUUUUCAGGUCUAUGUUCUCUCAGGACAAUUUUCUUCUCAGGACUAUUUUCUUAGGACUAUUUCCUCUCAGGACAAUUUUCUUCUCAGGACCAUUCCUAAUCAGGUCAAUUUUCUUCUCAGGACUAUUUUCUUCUCAGGACUAUUUCCUCUCAGGUCAAUUUCCGCUCAGGAGUAUUUCCUCUCAGGACAAUUUUCUUCUCAGAACUUUUUUCUUCUCGGGUCUAUUUCCUCUCAGGACUAUUUCCUCUCAGGACAAUUUUCUUCUCAGAACUUUUUUCUUCUCGGGUCUAUUUCCUCUCAGGACUAUUUUCUCUCAGGACAAUUUUCUUCUCAGAACUAUUUUCUUCUCAGGUCUAUUUCCUCUCAGGUCUAUUUCCGCUCAGGUCUAUUUCCGCUCAGGUCUAUUUCCGUUCAUGACUAUUUUCUUCUCAGGACUAUUUUCUUCUCACGUCUAUUUCCUCUCAGGACAAUUUUCUUUUCAGAACUAUUUUCUUAG